GAAGCGGAAGGUUUCCUGGCCGACGACACUCAGUGGGGAUUCAGGGGAGGACAGGGCAGUUCUUCAGCUUUACAUUCAGUCUAAGCAGUUAGUACUAACAGCGUCUGCAACCAUGGCCAAGCCACUGACGGACCACGAACGGAGGAAGCAGAUUUCAGUGCGGGGACUGGCCGGGGUGGAGAAUGUAGCGGAUCUGAAAACUAAUUUCAACAGGCACCUCCAUUUCACCCUGGUGAAGGACCGAAAUGUUGCCACCAAACGGGACUAUUACUUCGCCCUGGCCAACACGGUCCGAGACCACUUGGUGGGCCGCUGGAUCCGAACCCAGCAGCAUUACUAUGACAAGGACCCGAAACGCGUCUACUACCUCUCCCUGGAGUUUUAUAUGGGUCGGACUCUGCAGAACACCAUGGUGAACCUGGGCUUGGAGAACGCAUGUGAUGAGGCCACCUACCAGUUGGGUCUGGACAUGGAAGAGCUGCAGGACAUCGAAGAAGAUGCCGGCUUAGGAAAUGGGGGGUUGGGUCGCCUUGCCGCUUGUUUCCUGGACUCCAUGGCCUCACUGGGUCUUGCGGCCUAUGGAUAUGGAAUCCGUUACGAGUUUGGCAUCUUCAAUCAGAAAAUCCUCAAUGGCUGGCAGGUAGAAGAAGCAGACGAUUGGCUGCGUUACGGUAACCCCUGGGAGAAGGCUCGCCCCGAGUACAUGCGUCCGGUCCAUUUCUACGGCAGGGUGGAACACACACCUGAAGGAGUGAAAUGGGUUGACACACAGGUGGUCCUGGCUCUUCCCUACGACACCCCGGUUCCUGGUUACAGGAACAACAUUGUUAACACCAUGAGACUGUGGUCUGCUAAGGCCCCCUGUGAAUUUAACCUCAAAGAUUUUAAUGUUGGUGACUACAUCCAAGCCGUCCUGGACAGAAACCUGGCUGAGAACAUCUCCAGGGUUCUGUACCCCAAUGACAACUUUUUUGAAGGGAAGGAGCUGCGCCUGAAGCAGGAGUACUUUGUUGUUGCUGCGACUCUUCAAGACAUCAUCCGGCGAUUCAAAGCCUCCAAGUUUGGCUCCACAGAGUUUGUGCGAUUGGACCUUUCCAAGAUGCCAGAUAAGGUGGCCAUCCAGCUGAACGACACUCACCCUGCUCUCGCUAUUCCUGAGCUGAUGAGGAUCCUGGUGGACAUUGAGAAACUUGACUGGGAGAAGGCUUGGGACAUUGUGACUCGCACUUGUGCCUACACCAACCACACCGUCCUUCCUGAAGCACUGGAGCGCUGGCCUGUCGAUUUGUUCAAGAACCUGCUGCCGCGACACUUGGAGAUUGUCUACGAGAUCAACAGGAGGCAUCUGGAGCGGAUUUCUAAGGUUUACCCUGGAGAUCUUGACCGUCUGCGCAGAAUGUCCCUGAUCGAGGAGGGAAACGUGAAAAAAAUCAACAUGGCUCACCUGUGCAUUGUGGGGUCUCAUGCUGUCAACGGAGUGGCCCGCAUCCAUUCAGAAAUCAUCAAAGACACUGUGUUCAAGGACUUCUACGACAUGGAUCCCCAGAAAUUUCAGAACAAGACCAAUGGGAUCACACCCAGGCGAUGGCUGGUCAUGUGCAACCCUGGCCUAGCGGAGGUCAUUGCUGAGAGGAUUGGCGAGGAAUACAUCCGUGACCUGGACCAGCUGAAGAAGCUUUUGGACUUUGUAGACGACAAUACCUUCAUUAGAGAUGUUGCAAAAAUCAAACAAGAGAACAAGCUGAAGUUUUCUGCCCACCUGGAGGAGCACUACAAGGUGAAGAUCAAUCCCAGCUCCAUGUUUGAUGUACAGGUGAAGAGGAUCCAUGAGUACAAAAGGCAGCUGCUCAACUGCCUGCACAUCAUCACACUUUACAACCGCAUCAAAAAAGAGCCCACCAAGUCAUGGACCCCCAGAACUAUCAUGAUUGGAGGAAAGGCAGCUCCAGGUUACCACACUGCAAAAAUGAUCAUCAAGCUGAUCACAUCCAUCGGGGAUAUUGUCAAUAAUGACCCUGUGGUGGGAGACCGCCUUAAGGUCAUCUUCCUGGAGAACUACAAAGUCACUCUGGCUGAGAAGGUCAUUCCUGCUGCGGACCUAUCAGAACAGAUUUCCACAGCUGGCACUGAAGCCUCUGGCACUGGAAACAUGAAGUUUAUGCUGAAUGGUGCUCUCACCAUUGGCACCAUGGAUGGAGCCAAUGUGGAGAUGGCAGAGGAGGCUGGAGAGGAAAAUAUCUUUAUCUUCGGCAUGAGGGUAGAAGAUGUGGAGGCACUGGACAAGAAGGGCUAUGAUGCCAACUCUUACUACAACCGUAUCCCUGAGCUGAAGCAGGCGAUGGACCAAAUAUCGGGAGGCUUUUUCAGCCCCAGUCAGCCUGAUCUGUUUAAAGACCUGGUCAACAUGCUGAUGCACCAUGACAGAUUCAAAGUGUUUGCAGACUAUGAAGACUAUAUCAAAUGUCAGGAGAAGGUCAGCGCACUCUACCAGAACCCCAAGGAGUGGACCAAGAAGGUGAUCUAUAACAUUGCCAGCAGUGGGAAAUUCUCCAGUGACCGCACCAUCUCCCAGUAUGCAAGGGAGAUCUGGGGAAUGGAGCCCAGUUUGGAGAAGAUUGCUGCCCCAGACGAUCCUCGCUGAAGGGCCACAGCUGCUUCCUUUCCUUCACUGUAGCUCGCCAUGUGCUUAGACGCCCCCUGUAGCCUCUUCACUUUGCACUGUGGCGUUACUUCCUUACUGGAUCGGUCUCUGUCCAGCCUGUGUGGUUCCUACUCUACAUUGCACUUACCUGAAACAAGCUUAAAUGGAAUCCUGUUUUCUGUCUUCACUUGAAAGACAACUAACUGGGCAGUUAGAGACUCUUGGUUUUUAACUUUGAAGGGAUCACAUUUACAGUUUUAUUUUAGUAAGAUGAUAGAAAGCUUUGCUAAGUUUAGUUGUUUCGAACAUUCUUGAGCUUCUGGUACAUUAUGACACUGCGGGAACAGUAAAGAUUUCUUCCAUUGUUUGUGUUUUUGAUUAAACACAGGGACAUUUUUAACCUGGAUUCCCACAUACCUCCACAAAAAGCCAGCAGUUUAGCCUCAGUACUGUUGUUCAGAACCGGUUAUGACUUGUUAUAGGCAGAGGAAGUAGUGAGGGGUCAGAGGGUAUCCCAGCCACAUGACAUUACAGUGACUGGAUGGUUUUAAAGGAACCUAUUUUUCCAUAUUUGCAGGUUUGACCAUAUUUAUGUGAGGACUUCAUAUUAAAGAGAUAUUGAUUGUUAUAUGUUUUAUGGUGUUAGCUGAAUGUAAUCAUUUAUGUGGUUUGAUAUUAAUACAUAACUAUAUAGAAGAGCUUUAAUGCAGAUCUAUAUUUAGCUGUGAUCUCGUCAGCAUGAUUGUGUGGCUCAUUCAUGAUCUGUCUUCCUAAAAGUGAUCUGUGUUUAAAAAAACUGCCUUUAACAGAGUUUUCCUUUAGGUGUAUUAUCUGCUGCCCGUGUGUGUCUGAAACAUAGCUGAGUCCACCACACUGUACUGUAACUGCAUUGAUGUACUGUAACUUCAUUCUCUUGUUCUGCUACUUGCAUUUGCCUGUCUGCUGCAAAAACUGCUGUGCUCAACCAGAAAUCAGCUUUAUUUAGUUUAAUAAAGAUGAAAUAAAUAAUGAAACCUUA